AGAUGACACAUUACAUAGUGUUAAAGGAAAUGAACACUCCUACGAUCCUGUGUACGUGCGGGUGUGUUUAUAGUCUUUGGUUAGAUGUCCGGUGUUCUGUCGCAGUAGUAAAUGCGGAGGUAGUCUCAUAGAGUAAGGCACUUGGGUACUAUCAUAAUGAGUCCUAACUAAGGUUUUGCUGUAGAACAGACUACUAUUAAAUAUAAGAUUUAAAGACUGGUUUGUUUUCUAGACACUGGCAGUUAAUAAAAAUAUCACUGGUUAGAAAUGCAGAAGUGAUUCUGUCCUCAGUGUGACGUGCCAACUGUGUUUGGCUUCACAUACCAGUAAACAAAAAUAGCAGAAAUGAACCAGGUCAAAGCUAAUUUUUUCCACCUCAGAUACGGAUGUCACUGUUGCUAUAAAUGCACACAGCUUCAGAGGUGCUCACAGGUAAAGUGAAACCAUGAACUGUUUGUCAAUAGCAUGAAAAAGAACGAACAGUUAAACCCAAACACACACCAAAACAUUGUUAUAUGUCCGAAUGCAGGAACUCCUAUAGUGCCAAAUGUGAACUGAGCUUUCAGGGAACAAACUCUGAGCAGCAGAAUGCAUCAUGAGCUGAUUCUUCCAUACAUGGUGCUGAACGGCCGGCUUGUAAAUAUUAGCUCUGCUUUAAAAUCAAAAUCAAAUAAAACACUAUUAUAACUGUAUGUAUGCUAUUGUAUAUAAGUAUCCUGCAAUAAGAAGAGUGAGAAUGGCUUUUAAUGUAACAUAUUUCACAGUGCCGUCUGCUUAAAGAAUAUUUGGAUUUGGUUCAUCUCCAGUUUUAGAUUCUGUUUCAGUAGCAGUGGUUGUUUUUCUUGGUCCUUCUGGUUUUCUUGGUUCUUCUGGUUUUACAUCAGCAAAAUUCUUCUUUCAAAAAAGAUCAAUUGAUUUUGGUCUCAAUUCUUUUUUUGGUACCAUUGUGUUGUGUACAAAUUGUGUAAAAAUGUUCUGGUGUGAGUAACGGUUUCCUUUAUUACAAUCUUCCAUUUGUGUAGGUUAGUCUGUUUUCUUGAUCUAGACCUGUUUCUCUUGAAUUAGGAGAAAACUUAUGAAAAACAUUUUGGUCAUUUUAUCACUCAAAUGAUAACUUGAACUUAUCUUGCUUGAAAUCCCCUUUUUUCUUCUAUUUGCUUCUAGCAGAACAUAAUUCACAUUUGAGAUGUGGUGACUGUGUGUGUCAGUGUGUGUGUGUGUGUGUGUGUGUGUGUGUGCGUGCGUGCGUGUGUGCGCAUGUUUUGCGUGUAUUCUGAUUUAGUACAUUGACCAGGAAUUUACUUGUUGUUAAAUGAAAAAGUAACUCGAUCAUGUUAAGAUCCUGACUGUCUUUAGUCAAAACACUGUACAGUAUAAUCAGUCCUCUGGUGUAAACGUGGCUGUAGUGUACAAAACUGUUGAUACAGCAUUUGAACCAGCUUUUGAAAUAUCUCUCUAGUUUUUUCUGUCUCAAACUACAUUUGGAUCUCUUAUCUCAUAAAACACAAGAAGUAAAUUCCUUAAUCAACCAAAAAAAAAGAAGACAAACUUAAAGCAAGGAGAAAACAGAAUGCUUAUCCAAAAAGUUGGAAUGAAUGCUAUGAUAUUGUAAUCCAGGGGCAAAGAGUAAGUAAGGAUCUUUACUAUAUAAUCACUGGCUAUGCAAGCAAGUCCUCUAUCCCUGUCAGAAGAGUUUCUCCUCAUGCUUUUGUACAUGCAGAGAGAUUUUUGUCCCAGUUGGUAUUGAAAUGGGAUAAACAUAAUAUGAUCUCUUGUGCUGCGGUCCUAUCAGUCAGGUUCCUGCCUCUCAAUGUGUACAAUACCGUAGAUACAUUUGCGCAAUUCAGUAUCAAAUGUACUUCUAUAGGUUCUAUUUAAAUCAGUGCUGCUUUUGUGUUUAUAGUCUCGGGUUUGGAUUUGUACCAUUUGCAUUUAGAUGUAAAGCAUAAAUUACAAGCUAAUUAGAUAAAUAUCGAGAUCUUUGGAUCCCAGAUCUUGGGAAUGCUGAGUAGAGAUGUACUGAGGGAUGAAGCUAAUGCUAUAAAAGAAAGAAAUCUUCUGACAGGGUGUCUGGACUAUUAUUACAGGCAGAACUGGGAUUGCCUGCUUUAAUGAGUGCUUAAAGUCUGGAGCUUCAAUAAAGACUUGAAAAAUAAAUGACAAUGCUGAACAAACACUACUGUGCAGAGUGGAGUUUUUGUAUCAUGGGGUUUGAUUCAUUCUGUCAUUGUCUUUCUUUUCGUUGGUGACUCUCUAUUUCUAUUUCUCACUCACACACACAUAAAUACACUAAGGUACCGCUGGAAAAUAAUAUGUGCGUUUGGCUGUAUGUGAGUUCGUUGUGUAGAUGAGCCAGGCCUGACCUUUCUAUCUUAGACGUUUUUGAUGUUCAUCUCUUGAUGUUAAGUGGAAAUACAGACAGUACUGGACUGGAGAGAGUGCGUAACAUUCGUUGAGCACUAAUGUUUUUCAGAGAAAGAUGACUGUAUGUAUGUGUGUGUGAUUGUGUUGUUUUUUACUUGCAUAAUUUUUUUUGUCACUUUGCCUCUUUGUAUCUUUUUUUUUAAUCACCCUGUGUUUUCCUCCAGAUCUGAUACACCAUUUCAUAAAAGUGUCAAAGCAGAGGGAGAGAGUAGCUGACAAAGCUGGUAUGUGGAGUGUGCCUCUUGGUUAGAUGUGAAGAAAAAAGAGAAAGAGAAAGAGAUAGAAAAAGAGAGAGAAGGGUGGAGAAUGACAGGAAGAGAGAGCAGGUGAGGAAAAACUGACACAGAGGUGAGUGCAGAAGUGACAGAGGGUGGCUUUCACUGGGGACAAGAACAAAGGAGUGAAAACACCGGCUGUAUUUUGUGCAAGAUGAUGUUGAAAUGGAUACAGGUGCUUAUGGUGAUACUGAUGGUUGGUGGACUGAUCUCUGCUCUUCCUCUGCAGGAAGCUGAAGGGAGAAGCAGCAGAAUGCGUAGAAACACAAACUGCAUAAAGUGUCCAGCAGGCAAAUACUGUAAGUCUUGUAAUGAGUGUGCUGAUUGUCCUCGUUGGACCUACAACAGUAAGGAAAACACAGAGAGGAGAUGUCAUUCCUGCUACAAGAACUGCAGACCAGAGUUCCACAUGCAGGUGGUGAAGAACUGCAGCAGUGUGUCUGAUGUGGUGUGUCGCUGCAUGGACGGCUAUGUCUGCAAAAAAAAGGAUCCUUAUACAAAUCAAUGCACAUUGUGUUCACCAAUCCCAACCUCCCAGCCCACUACAACUUCUACUACUCAGCAUGAUCCUGAACCUAAAACUACUCCAGAUGACAGAGACAAGGUUCAUGCAGGUAUAGAGGUCUGGAUUGUGGUUGUAGUGCUGUUGAGUCUUACUCUGAGUGUUUUCAUCACGAUGCAUCUCUGCAGACGAAGAAAAAAGUGCCUCAAGGACCUGGUGAAGCGAUGCUCUCAUGCUAAUCAAAAGACCAAUGCUGCUACUACAGCCUCUCCAAUAGCUGAGCUGAUCAGUCAGGCCCAGGCAGAGAAGGCGGAUUCACCUACACCCACCAGCGACAUCCCUGACAUCCCCAGUCCUCAGCCUGCCAGCACAGAGCAGCUUGUUCCUCCUCAUGGAAACCUAGGUCCUCUCCACAUUUAUGGUGCAGGCACAGUGUUUGUUAGUUUGCUGAACCAGUUUGGGCAGAACGGAAGAGAGAAGGAAGAAGAGCAUCUCCAGCAGGGAGGCUUAAACGAGAGCGAGCUGCGCUGUCCCAGCUCUCCCAGCACUCCCAGCUCCCCUCCACUCCCUCUAUCUACUGAAGAAAACAGUAAAGACAGCGGUUUUGUCUUUUUCCCUUCCCAGGAGCAAGGGAAGGAGUGUCACAUGUCCAAAGAAGAAGGGCUGUAUUAGAUGUUUUAGACGCUUCUAGGCCCUUUUCGGUUAGCUGUGCGAAUGCUGCGGGUGCUUCGAGCUUUAUGAGUACUCUACACCACAUCUUUGGCACUAUGUUCUGUCCAAAGAUCUAGAGAAGGUUUACACUCAGUAUUGCUCCAGUCCACAGCUUCCCCAACUCAACCUGGGGACAGCUGUGAUCCUGAAAAAGCAGCAUCGAAACAGCGUCUGCUUGCAGAUAGACACAAAUGUACUAGUUUGUGUGUAUGAGUAUGCAAGCCUGCUUGCACAUGUGUGUGUGUGUUUGUGUAUAAGUGAACAUGUGUUUUAGGCCUUUGUGCCUGUUUCAAUCACAUUGUUCACAUUCGUAGAUGAAGAUGCAUCAACUAAUCUCCAAAAGGCCUGGAUACAGGGAAUGGCAGCAGCAGUGGGUUAUGAUAUGCAGUGUAGGAGAUGAGGGUAAUAUGAAACAGUGUGAUAGAUUACAUUGUAACCCCUGACGGAUACAUUAGAGUUACACAAUUAUUGCAAUAAAAAUGCUGCUAAGUGGAUUUUUAAAGCUGUACUAAACAUGCUUUUUUUAAAUAUGAGGAAAAUCUCUCUUUUGUAAAUGACCUUCAUUACAAUACUUAUUGUUACAGAGAGUCCACAGCCAGAAAUGCCGAACAGUAUGUAUUAAAAAACACAAAGUGUAUUAAAACAACAGUUCUCACAUCCUUUUAGCAGAUUUGCACACAUAAAGGCAGUCAUUAAUGAGCAUGCCAAGGUGGAGCUUAGUAAGUAGCUGGCCAAGUAAACAGGAGCCAAUCAGUGGAGACAUCAAUAUUAUGAGGAGAUAGUAAUCAAUGUAAUUCAUCGAUUUAUGCGGAAUUUAAAGGCAGAAACAACCCAAUUUUCUGCUAAUUGGGUAUGCUCUACACAGACUUAGAAUAGCAAAAGUGUUAUUUAUUGGCAUUAAAAGGUUAUGGUUGGACAAAUCACCCAUUUUAGCUAUAUGAUAAAAGGAGUAUGUAUAUGACAAUGUUUAUAGAUGAACGAAAGCACUUUAAGCCUUUUUUGGUUCAAGGAUGUAAUGUUGAUUUUUAAACCAAAGUCGAAGGAUUUUCCUCAAAAACAGUUAAGUCAGUCCAGUGUAUCCAGGCCUGGAGAGUUUGCACUGUUGCCCAGUCUGGAUCUCGUCCUUUCUGCAUCCCUUAGCUUCCUUGCGCCUCAUUCUUAGUCAUGUGACACCAUAACAUACAGACCCCAGAGUCCAGUGAAGAGAGCCUCAUUUGUGGUCUAUGUAACUCUUAUUAUUAGAGUGUGUUUUGUAUGUGUUUUUAUUAUUAUAUUGUCAAUGCAAAAAAAAAAAAUUGUAAAUGUUUUAUAUUUUUUUAUUUAUGUCAAUGUGAAUAGAUGUAAUUAUUUUUAGAUCUUUUCUGCUGGUUAAUUUAAAAAGAAAUGUUUACACAAUGUAAAGAACAUCGCUAAGGCUUUCAUCUGACAGUGUAGAUUGUGAUAUAUAAAUGUAUUAAAAAAAAAGUUGCUAAUU